AGCAGGUCCGGUCAGCUCACAGCGCAUCCCGUUACCUUCCCUGAACGCUGACGGCCAAGAAUAUGACAGCAGCAACUUGUGGAGGAAUAAAAUAUAAAUGAAAAAUAAGUGUCACUGAGAUUUUGUUGACAGUUCUGGAAUUUUUUUUUUUUUUUUUUUUUGUAAAGACAUGACGCCCCCGCAGAGAGCCCGGUAUGGAUGCGAGGCGGCGCGUAACGCUAAAUGGAGGGUGGCAGCUCCUCCUAAUAUCCCCUUGUUGAAGCAUCCUGUUGGGAUACCCCAGCCAUGGCCCAUCCACCCCCACCCUACGGGAAAGGUCCACAGGUCCCACUUCUUACCUCCUCCUCCUCCUCACCUGCCUCUUUUCCACACCCGCCAUGCAGAGGAGAGUGCUGAGCGGCCCCGUCUUGUCACCAUCGUCCGCCCCUGUGGUCAGAGCACACUGCGGAAGGUAACAGUGCUGUUGAACCGGAGGGGUGUGGUGUCCUUCGAGCAACUGCUAUUGGAUAUCUCCGAGGCGUUGGGGUUCCCCCGUUGGCACAGAGCCAGAGUCACGCGCCUCUACACGACCCACGCACGAGAGGUGAAAGGCGUAUGUGACUUCUUUCGAGGUGAGGUGGCCUUCGUGGCGCUGGGUAAGGCCCGUCCAGAGCUGAGCAGUGUGCAGGAGGCUCUGGAGGAGCUCUUUCCUGAACAUUCCCAUUACCGGGCCGACGCACUUGGGGCCUGGGAGAGAAGACUUAUUCCAGCACCAGACAAAGCCGCCAAGGCCGACAGUGGAUACAGUGAGGGGGCAGACAGCAGCGGCACUAACAAAGCGGCAGACCAGGAUACCAACACACAUGUCAAAAACGACACAAUAACACACACAACUAACCACACGGACACACACCAACUGGAAGAUUAUAACUCAGAUGUCCAGAGGUCUCAUAAAAAGAGUUCUUGCAGAAAACCAGCUCACCUUCCUAACCACCUGCAGAGACUACAUGUGAGGGGCGGGGUCAGAGAGCGACAACCUUCCAUGGUUGGUCCGUUUAAACUUACAGAUGCAGGAAUACCCUCUCCUGCACUGUGUGAAAACUGUUUAGCAAUAAGAGGUAAGCAUCAGGGUACGGAGCGGGCCAAUCCCCUGUCAGGGAGGGUCCCACUUCCUCCUGUGUCGAGAAAGCAAAAAGGUAGUUCUCAUACAGAACCACUCAGCCCUCAGCCUCCUCAACCAGUCAGCGGGAAUGAAGAGAAAAGUCUUGCACAGUUCCAACUUUUAAAACCACUUCCAGGCGUGGGUCCAGCACAGGUAGACGCACAGCAGAGGACGACCGUUGACCUUCCUUCAGGCGGCAGUGAUGUCACCCAGUCAGAUAUCGAGCGCUGCUACGAAAUAGGACGUGUGGUUGGAGAUGGGAACUUUGCAGUGGUGCGUGAGUGCCGCCGCCGUGAUGACGGACAAACCCUUGCCGCGAAGAUAGUCGAACGCUCCAAGCUGAUUGGUCGGGAGCACAUGAUGCAGAACGAGCUGAGCCUCCUGGGGAGCCUGUGUCACCAUCACAUUGUGCGGCUGUUCGCGCACCACCACACGCACACUCACUCGUACCUGGUGAUGGAGCUGGUGAGUGGGGGGGACCUGUUCGAGGCCAUCAGUGAGAGGGGGAGGUUUUCAGAGGCCGAGGCAGGACUGAUGGUGUCCGACAUGAGUGAUGCACUAAAUUACAUCCACUGCAAGAGCAUCGUCCACCGAGACCUCAAACCAGAAAACCUGCUGGUAGAGCGUGAGGCAGGUGGCAUCUGCAGACUGAAGCUGGGAGACUUUGGUCUUGCCAUGGUUGUCACUGAACCAGUCUUCACCAUAUGUGGGACACCAACAUACGUAGCCCCAGAGAUUCUCUGUGAGACAGGUUAUGGGGUAGCAGUGGAUGUAUGGGCUCUGGGUGUUAUUCUCUACAUCCUGCUUUGUGGAUUCCCCCCAUUUCGCAGUCGGGACCGGGACCAGGAGGAGUUGUUCCAGCUAAUAAAGCAAGGGCAGCUCCACUUCCUGUCCCCAUACUGGGACCGCGUCUCAGAGGAAGCCAGAGGCCUUGUCAGAGCUCUGCUUCAGCCAGAUCCCACAGUGAGGCUGACAGCGGAGCAGACCCUGCUGCAUCCCUGGGUGGAGGCUAUGGCUUCGGCCUGCAGGCAGGGGGCGUUUACGGACAAAACUCAGAGGAACACUGCAGACUCUGGAGCAGAAUCAGAGAGAACGGCUCAGACCAAUGCAACAGAAACAAGACCAAGAAUCAGCAACAGCGAGGGAGAAAUCGCACACAAAGAGCUCAUCAGAACUCAGGAGAGACAAAAUGAGAUGCAGAUCAAAGCGCACACAAUGACAGAGGACACACCCAGUCAACAGAAACCAGACUGCACCUCUCCGGACUCUGGCUCACCCAACAGACGAGAAAUACGGGAUCCAGGCCCCAACGAGUCAAACUCGGAGAGUUGAACUGUCAUCUUGAUGCCCCCAAACCGAACUUCCAUCCCAGAUUAUGACACAGUCCAAACAAAACAGACCGCAAACAGUCACCUUCAGAUUCAACACCUUCAACCAACACUGCUGAACCAAACACAGCAGGUCAAUUAACACAACACCACCUAUCCUCCAACCCAACGGCUCCUUCAUCUCACCCUCCAUCAGUAGAAACCACGGCAAGCCGAGUCCUCGCCACGCCACCAUCAUCCACCCACACAGUCCUGGCCUCACUGUCAAUCUCCUGUGUAGCUGUGUGAUUAGAUCAGGGUCAUCGCUUUCAUUGUUCUGGACAAUGCCGCUGAUUUCUUGGCAGCUGAAUCCUUGAACGACCCACAGAUAAUGUGAUGUACUUUCUUGUGAUUGAAUAGGGUCUGAUUCAUGGGGUAGAUAAAUCUCGAAUGUGUGUAAUCCAUUUAUCCUGUAGUAAUUAACUGAUCAGGAAAUGUUGUGUAAUGACCAAGGUGUGUGUCCCUGUAGGAUUAAUUUAGAAUCUAGACACAUAUUCAGCUUAUCCUUGUUUCUAAUGCUCUGGUGUGUUCAUGGGAAGACUCUUUGGCAUUUUGUUUUGGUCGACCAUCUAUCUUUCCUAGCCAACCGUGUUUAGCUUUGAGGAUAUGAUAUGUUAUCAUGUCUGCCAUUCCUACCCAUUGCUAUUUUUGACACUGAUCCACUUUCCUUCUAUACUCCAUUCCUGGAAGUCUGUGUAUCAUUCAUCUAGCAACAGUAGUUUACUAGAUGUUCAUAAACUAAAAAGAACCUUUUAGUAAUAGUUUGCCAUAUAUAUCAUCAUUUUGCAUGCCAUCUUUCUAGCAUUGUGUUUGUUAUAUUUAUUUUGAAAAUGGUCUGUAACACACUACUGCUUUCUAGAUAUAGCCACAACAUGAAAACCACUGACAUACUUUCUCAUUAUAAUGCAAUGUUCUAUGGGGAAACCUUGGGUCAUCUGGGUGUUACUUGUCACAAACCACCCUCCUAAACAUUGUUGCAGAACCAAAUACCAAGCAGAACCCCCACGUGACAACUCCCGGUCAGCAGCAGCCUCACCCAGCAGGACAAUGUGCAAAAACUUCUCAGAAAUAGCUGGAAGAACAUGACAAAGAGCCCAAAGCAUUGACUCAGCCUCCAAACUCCCCAGAUCCCUAUACGAUCAAGAACAUAGGAUACAUGAAGAGGCUAGAGCCAUGGAGGCCCCCAGCCACAAAAACCCACAGGAUUCACUACCAAUGUCCCAACACCACAGGAUACCCCCACCCCCCCAAAGGUCCCGUGUCCAUUCCCCGACGGGUCAGAGCUGUUUUGACGGGACGAGGGGAACCUAUACAAUUUUAGGCUGGUGGCUCUAUUGUUGUGGCUGAUCUUUGUGUUGUUAAACUGUGACUGUGUGAUGGAAAAACAACCUGCAAGCGAGUAUUCUGUGUCAACGAUUUGAGAAGUUAAUUUGCAGAAAGAUCCAGUGGCUACUCAUGGUGAUAAUCCAGCUUUCAGGACACGGUGGGUGCAGAUCUCCCGAGUAACCUGUGUGUGCAUAGCUGAGGGUGGUAUGGCUCCCUGGCCAUUCCGCACAGACCAAAUAAGGCAUAUCUGUCUGUCAAAUGGGAGUGGCUUGUCCUGUCCCUCCCGAUUACAGACAGCUGAAACUCUUGACAUCCGGCCCCAUCACCUACCCCCAAGUACACACAACCCCCCAUCCUGUACACGGAGUCAACUGCUCCCUGCCCCGGAGGCUGCUUAACCACAAAUCUUGGAAUCUGAAGCGACUGGUGGGUGAUUUCACUGAGGAGGCCGACUAUGCAACAUGCCUCUGAGAGCACACUUACACAAACACACACACACACACACACACACACACACACCUAGUUUUUCUCAGUGCAUCUCACUACAAUCAAACUGCCGAGCCUGCUAACCAUUCCACUCUCGAAUAUGUCUGCAUGUUGAAGCUGCAGCAUGAUCCACCUGCCGCCUUCUGAAUUAUAUUUAUUUUCUGAGUUGGUCUUCCAUUAUUUUUUAUUUGUAGCUGGUGUUGGAAUUUAGUACAUUUCCAGUAUAUCCUCCUGGCCCUCCAUUGUAUUUCAUAUCAGACUCGGCUAGCCUCCCUUUAUCUUUAAAAAAUAAAACUAUGUUAGAGAUACAGAAUUCUACCUGACAACAGCAAUGAACUUAAUUCGGAUUGGAUAUGUUUCUCUCUCACCACUGGUCACGAUAGAUCCAUGCCUUUGAUGGCUGGAUUGAUCACACACCAUCCGGCAAUAACCUGAACGAAGUUGCACUGUAUUUAUGCAGUUAAUACACACAGGAAUCUCAAACUGAGUGGUGUUGUGUUAUCAUCACAUAUAACCUCCCCCCUCAAAUUUCUGGGGAUCAGCUGUACUGAAGGGACGAGAAGACUCAUAAAUGCCUCUGACCUAGUAUCAGUGUCCAAGGGCACUUAAGACGUCGCUUUGGUCGAGAAACAGAGUUAUUUGUGUCGUGAAGUUGUAUUAACAGUCGUCAGAGCGCUGGCGUCGUAAGUGAGGUGUUAUGACACGUGGUUUGUUUCCCAUAAACAUUGGAAAUGUACACAAGGACGCGUCCUUCGACGGAGUGGCCUAAAUUUGUCGCAUAUCAGGUUUUGGUCACCUUUCAAGUCCUGCCAUACGCUGACCCGCAGGUGCCCACUGCGCAUGCGCACUUAAAAACUCUUUAAAUACCCCAAGUCAUCUGCCACAACAAAACAUUCCGCUGUCAGCCAAGUCGCGGCCGUAACCAAGUAGCUGCAGGCGCACAGAGGCCGUCACAGACGCACGCAGGGUGGUUACUCUGUAACACGCAACUUACCAAGACGAGACCGACAACCUGCCUGAGUAAUAACGAAUUUGACCCGGAGUCGUAGAGGCUGUGCAGGGUGAAGUCGGGGGAGACGGACAGGAAAAAAAAAAAACCGAAAAAAAACAAAGAUGGCUGUGUAGCCAGAGAGACGAGUUCCG